CAUCACUCACCAGUAAAACUGAUUAAAGAAAAGUUAGAAAACUGCUCUUUGUAUCGAGUUAAAAAUGGGAAAUAGGACAUUGCUACUACUAGUGCUGGUACUUUUUUCUGCAUUAGUGACCUCCGUCAGUGGCCAUGAAUAUGAAGGAAGGAGAGAGAGAGAAGAGGAAGAAAGUGAGCAAAAGACACAAGGAGAAAAAUGGUUCUUACUGCGCCACUUACAUGAUGUUGUGAAAACUGAUGCUGGGUCUUUGAGAUUGGUGAAGGGCGGUUAUCGAAGGGGUUCAUUUUUACAUAGUCCAAUGCAUAUUGGUUUCGUCUCCAUGGAACCUAAUAGCCUCUUCAUCCCUCAGUACCUUGAUUCCGAUCUUGUCCUCUUUGUUCACCGAGGGGAAGCAAGAGUUGGACACAUCUACAAGGAUGAAUUAGCAGAAAGGAGUUUGAAGCAUGGAGAUGUUUACACAAUUCCUGCUGGAUCAGCUUUCUAUUUGGAGAAUACAGUUAAAAAUCAGAGACUUCACAUUAUUUGCAGUAUUGAUAUUACCUCAGAAUCCAUGGGAUCACAUGUUUUCCAGUCUUUCUUCAUUGGUGGUGGAAUCUAUCCUACAUCUGUUCUUGCUGGAUUCGAUCAUACUACAUUAUCAACUGCUCUUAAUGUCUCAAUGGCAGAAUUAAGCACGUUUUUGACCAGACAAUCUUCUGGGCCAAUCGUGCAUUUAUCUGGUUCUCAUUACACAAACAUUUGGUCCAAAUUCUUGGACCUAGAACCCCAUCGAAGACUAGCUCACUUGAAAAGGAUUGUGAAUCUUGAGGAAGAAGCUAGCCCAAAAGAGGAGGAAUCAACAUGGUCAUUGAGGAAACUCUUGUUUACUUUAUUAAACACAGAAGACAUUGUCAAGAGAGUGAAUCAUAAAGCUCCAUCAGCAUACAAUCUCUACAACAGGAAGCCCGAUUUCAAGAAUGACUAUGGAUGGAGCAAGAAGUUGGAUGAGUCUGAUUAUUCUCCUCUUCGGCAAUCUGGCAAUGGCGUUUAUCUUGUCAAUCUAUCUCCGGGAUCCCUGGUGGCACCUCAUGUGAAUCCAACUGCAAUAGAGUAUGGAAUAGUGUUGAAAGGGACUGGUAGGAUCCAAAUUGUGUAUCCAAAUGGAACUUUAGCCAUGAACGCUAGAGUACGAGAAGGGGACGUUUUUUGGGUGCCCCGGUACUUCCCUUUCUGCCAAAUUGCUUCAACAAAUGGCCCAUUUGAGUUCUUCGGAUUCACUACAUCAGCAAGGAGGAAUCAUCAACAGUUCUUGGUGGGUAAGAACUCAUUGAUGCAGAGCUUGCGAGGGCCAGAAUUUGCUGCUGCAUUUGGAAUUGGUGAGAAAAGGCUUAAGAGGAUUGCCAAUGCGCAACGUGAGCAAGUCAUCUUGCCUUCAUCAUCAGCUGCUCCUGGUGACAAGGCAACUCAUGAGUUAUGGAAGUAGUACGUAGUUGGUCUAGUUGAGUUAUGGCAUGAAAGUCCCAUGCCAGUUUUGGAACUUUGUUUCUUUUUUCUUUUCUGUUUUCUUUCAUGCAAUCUGAUUUUGUUUUCUUGGUAGUCUUGCUGCACACAAGACGCAUUGCCAUUUUGAGUUGUGAAUAAGACGGAUUGGUUUUUUGACAUGAUUCUCAUCGUAGUUUGAACUACAUUGCUAUUAUUAAGAAAAUUUGAA